CCUCAGGCCCUCAGACGGGGGAAGGGAGGGAGACAGAAGAGCCUGGUGAUCUGCCCAGGGGCCCAUUGACGUUGCUCUGCUGAGCCUCCCUACAACUAAUGGGCUGGCCCUGGUGCCAAGCCCAGCUGUGUCCAACCAGCGCAGCCCCCAGAGCUGAGCUCCCAGCCCCUGUUUAAGCCGUGGUGGCUCUUGGGAUUGGCGUCUCUUAGCUAUUUCAAUCCCCUCACACAGAGAUGUGUUGAUUCACCCCCAGUGCGAGUCAGGGCCGGUUCUGGGCUGCGCUGCCAAUUGUUUCACACACACCAACAACGCGCGCUGAUAACUGAGCUCUCUCUCGAACUACUAAACAGACUCAACCUGCCUCGGUAACAGACAGAUUCUGACACACUCCCAGGAUGUAUUAAUAAGGUUUCAUCUGCUUGGGGGCCCUGAUGUCACACAGCGACUGGGACCAACAGUCACUGGGGCUGUGGGUGGGAAAACGCCCCGUUCCCCACCCCUCUCAGCCUCACAAUGAAACCUCCCAGCUCAUUUCUGUUUCCUCAGGGGAAAAUCCAGGCUCAUUUGAAGACUCUGAGGGAAGAGAGAGAAAAGCUGCUGGGAUGGAAAGCGACGGGGGAGGGGAGAAGUCAGGAGUGUCUGAAACAGACACAAGCUGAGAGGAAGAAGAUUGUGGCAGAGUUUCAGCAGCUGUGGCAGUUCCUGGAGGAACAAGAGCGACUCCUGCUGGCCCAGCUGGAGCAGUUGAAUGAGGAAACUGGGAGGCUCCAGACUGACACUGUCAGGAAACUCUCUGUGCAGAUUUCCCAUCUCAGUGAGCAGAUCGGUGAGCUGGAGGGGACGUGUCAGAAGUCAGCAAGUGAAUUCCUGCAGGUGUGAGAUGGGGCCGUUCCAGCCACCAGAGGAGAUUUCUCUUGAACUGGGCGAGCGAGUCAGAGGUUUCUCCCAGAUAACAACUGCGCUGUCGGAGAUGCUGAGGCAGUUCACAGAUACUCUGCCUUCUGCACUGGAGAGAGCAAGAGGAAAGUCCCUGGGAGCUUUCAAAC